UGUGUGAAAAAAUGCAUUAGUGACUGACAUUUGGUUUGAGAUCGUCGAACCAUUAUGAAUGCACACAAAGUACCGCAUAUUCUUAAGCUCUCCGCACAGGAGCAGCAGGAGUUCGUCAACUCAUUCGAUGUUGUGAUGUGUGAUUGUGAUGGUGUUAUGUGGAUGAUUGCGUCACCGCUGCCGCGUACGGGUGAGACGGUGUGUGCGUUGAAGGCGGAUGGCAAACAAGUGAUUUUUGUGUCCAAUAACGGUCUACACUCGGACGAAGAAUAUGUGAAAAAGUUCGUCGGGAUCGGAGUGAAGGAUUUUCAAAUGAACGACAUUAUCCAUCCAGUAAAAGCUAUGUUGUACUAUAUAAAGAAGCAUAAUAUCAGGCAGCCGGUUUUCUCAUUAUGCAGCGCCGCCGGUAAUGAAAAGCUUCGUAAGGAAGGCAUAGAUGUGAGGACUUUGGCCACUCCUGAAAACAUUACGUCUCCUGAUCUUCUGGCAAUUACUAAACCGACAGAAAAAAUUGGCGCUGUUUUGCUUGAUGUCAAUUACAGUCUAUCUUAUGCGCAAAUGGUUGCGGCCACUCGAUAUCUCGCCGAUAAAGAUUGUCAGUUUCUUGUGGGAAGCACAGAUAAGGUCAUAUUCUUUGAAAGAGGUCAAAUGACGCCAGGUUUUUGCGAUUUUAUGGAAAUCAUUAGUCGCUUCACACAACGAGAGCCAACAAUUGUUAGCAAACCGGCGCGCUUGCUUGGCGACAUCUUGAAAGACGUCUACAAAUUGACCGAUCCCAAGCGUUGCUUGUUCAUUGGUGAUUCUCUGACGCACGACAUAGGCUUCGCAUUGGUUUGUGGCUUCCAAUCACUGCUCGUAUUGAGCGGCAGUACAACCUUAGAGGAAAUGUGUGAAGCAAAUGUGGAGGAUCAACCUCAUUAUUAUGCCGAUAGUAUAGCCGAUUUUAUAGAAUUAUAUGAUAAUAUAAGUAAAAAUGUUUAGAAUUAGAAUGUUACUUUUCCGUAGAGAAUUAUAUUUUAAUCUUUCUGUUUA